AGCGCUCUGUCUGUAGCUGCUGGGACGCUGCAAUUUGGGCGCGCUGAAGCGGAAGCUCGUGAGCCGCUGGUAAGAAGGUAGACCCUUUGAAAUGAAGAUGGAAAGAACAAAUGAACCCUGAAUCAGAUAAGAGAGGCUGGUAUGGAAGACUGGGGAGGUGAGAGGAGCUGGUAUGGAAGACUGGGGAGUGGUAGCUAUUGCUGGCCAGUUGGAUGGCUGAGGAUUUCUCUGUAGCUUUGGCUGUCCUGGAACUCUGUAGAUCAGGCUGGUUUCUAACUCAGAGACAUCUGCCUGCCUCUGCUGAGAUUAAAGGCAUGUGCUCGCACCGCCAGACAGAGGUGUUUAAUUUUAACUGGACAUGUUAAUUAGCUCCCCCUUACAGUGUUGACAUCUAAAGCCAGCGUGAAAACUGUAUCCAUAGAGAGUUCGCGCCCCAAGAUCCCGAACCUCUCUCUCUCUUCACGGACACUGACUGAAGAGGCCAAGAUGAGUACUGAGCCAAAGAGGAAAUUUGGUGUGGUAGUGGUUGGUGUUGGCAGAGCUGGCUCUGUGAGGAUAAGGGACUUGAAGGAUCCACACUCUUCAGCAUUCCUAAACCUGAUUGGAUAUGUGUCCAGACGAGAACUUGGGAGCCUUGAUAAUGUACGGCAGAUUUCUUUGGAAGAUGCUCUCCGCAGCCAAGAGGUUGAUGUCGCCUAUAUUUGCACUGAGAGUUCCAGCCACGAAGACUAUAUAAGGCAGUUUCUUCAGGCUGGCAAGCAUGUCCUCGUGGAAUACCCCAUGGCAUUGUCAUUUGCGGCAGCGCAGGAGCUGUGGGAGCUGGCUGCACAGAAAGGGAGAGUCCUGCAUGAGGAGCACAUCGAACUCUUGAUGGAAGAGUUCGAAUUCCUGAAAAGAGAAGUGGCCGGGAAGGAGCUGCUAAAAGGAUCUCUUCGCUUCACAGCCAGCCCCCUGGAAGAAGAGAAAUUUGGCUUCCCUGCGUUCAGUGGCAUUUCUCGCCUGACCUGGCUGGUCUCCCUCUUUGGGGAGCUUUCUCUUAUUUCUGCCACCAUGGAAAACCGAAAAGAAGAUCAAUAUAUGAAAAUGACCGUGCAGCUCGAGACCCAGAACAAAAGUCCAUUAUCAUGGAUUGAAGAGAAAGGGCCUGGCUUAAAAAGGAACAGACAUAUAAGCAUCCACUUCAAAUCUGGGUCCUUGGAGGAAGUGCCAAAUGUAGGAGUCAAUAAGAACAUUUUCCUGAAAGAUCAGGAUAUAUUUAUCCAGAAGCUCUUGGGCCAGGUCUCUGCAGAGGACCUGGCUGCUGAGAAGAAGCGCAUCCUGCAUUGCCUGGAGCUGGCCAGCGACAUCCAGAGGCUGUGCCACCGGAAGCAGUGAGGAGGAAGCUUCAGAUACCUCUGAAACGGGGCCAGGGUUUGGUCUUAUCAACACUUUAGCUCUUACAAUAAAAUACUCUGGAUAAACAGAA